GACAUCAACGAUCUCUCAACUCUAGAGGAUGACACGUUUUUAGCGUUCUUAGUGUAACAGAAAUGGUUUCAAUGUUUUUAGUAGACAAGGCAGGCAACCGGGAUUUUAAAGACGAGCAAAAGCCCUUCAUUGCAUACAGCAGGGAGCUACAGUUGCCACAAAAGAAAAACGGCAGCAUUGGUAUAGACCAGCAGGCAGCCGAAGUGGGAUUUUUUGGCUUAAGACUAAACUGUAAGAAGGUGCAUAAUAUUGUAAGUCCUGUGACUGACACAGUUAAAAAGGCGUCACAGGUUAGCAGGCACUUAGACGCGCUAGCCGAAAAAUUUGAAAAGGCAGUAGAAAACUCUGAAAAAUCAAAUUUCGUGAACCGGAAGAGGGUCUCAUUGCUUGACAACAGUGAUGGCACGGACUUGGUCAUGCGACGGGAAAACGUAGAAAGCAGCAUGAAAGGUUCGAGGCGGUCGCUGAAUCCAGAUCUAGACCAGAGCAACGCACUUCUUAAUGUGGGUAAAAGGCAGCAACUUAUCCUGAACAGAACUGAACGCGCAAAAACCAAGGGGAGCGGAUGGUUUCAUUUGCCCGCCACAGAAGUCACCGAAAAAAUGCGAAAUGAUCUUAAAAUCAUUCAGAUGCGAUCGGUUCUCAACCCCAGACAAUUUUACAAGAAAAACGACUUAAAAAUUCUGCCAAAGUAUUUCCAAGUUGGAACUGUUAGGCAAACGGUUUCAAACACCUUUAAGGAAAAAAAGGCAACGAAAACCAAGUCUAUAGUUGAUGAGCUGUUGGAAGACGAAAGCUUUCAAAAGUUCAACAAGAAGAAAUAUAGUGAGGUGAUUCAACGCACAGACGAAUACAAUCAACGAAAAAUAAUACAAAAAAAAAAAAAAAGGAAACUAAAUAUUUGAUUAUCCAUUUAACUUCGUUUUAAAAUACAAAUCUGCCUGUUAAAAUACGAACACUAAUGAAUUUUUACAUACCCAUGGGGUGCUGAUCAAAAAAAAAAAAAUUUCAAGUUAUCGAACACUUUGCUUUCUUUGACGAGCGGCGGUAUAGGAUUUUACAACUUAAUAACUUCACAAAAAAUAUCACGUUUUGAAUUGUUUACCGAAAUUUAAGACUGAAACACAUAUAAACCCCUAUAAAUAAUCUUUGUAACGAUUUGUGGGCGAGGCCAAUGUUGGAAACAAACCUGCGCUGUGUAGUAAUAACCAAAAACUGCGUGUCAAAUCCAAAAUGUCUAGCUUCCCAGAUCGCGACGUUGAAACGAACAUGGUUAGAUAGAUUGAGCUACAGAUCCUGAUCAAUGAUUCUACUUGUUACAUUUUUGUGGACGAAUACAAUACAAUCUUUUACUCUACGAGAAACGGGGAUUAUUAUAACUUCGAUGUUUUACAAUACAUGAACCCAAGACGUUUUUUUUCUUAAUAAAGUCAAGGACGUGGUUUGUUAUAAA